AUGGCUCACCAGUACUUGUCUCGCAUAGGUCUGCGCUCGCGCUCGCGCUCCUCCCGCCAAUCCGCCGACACUGGUUCCCGCUCGAGCGUCACGCCAACUGCACGCUCGCGCGCGGACUCCGUGUCAUCUGGCCCUGUUAAAUCGGCCGCGGCCUCUGCUUCAGCGCGCACGCAGGAUCUCCCGCACUCCUCUCGAGGCAUGGCCGGCAUUCUGGAUAUCGAGCGCAACCGCACGCGCCGGGACCGCACCUUCAUCGGUAGCGAGUGCGCUGUGUGCGAGGAGCCCCUCGAACACACGCUGCGCGGCGAGCGCAUCCUGCAGCUCUCGUGCGGCCAUGUUUCCCACGAGGCCUGUUUCUGGGAGUACAUCCGCGAGUUCGAGUCGCAGUACUGCCCGACAUGCAACGCCCCAUUGGCCCUCGACACCAGCCGAGGCGGCAACGUCCUGGAUCUUGAGAAGCUAAGCACCAUUGUGCGUUCGGUGCAGCCCCAGCCUCAGCCCCAGCCCCAGCCCAUCAACGACCCUCCAAGCGCCACACGAAGCGUGUCGAGCGCGCCGCCGCCAUGGGACCCGCAGCCUGCUCACCUCCAGCCCGCCCACCACGAGCCGCCCUACCAAGAGCGUCGCCCGUCCGUUGCGACGCACGACACCCGCGAGGUGCGUGCUCGGGACAGCAGCCACCACAGCACACACAGUCGCGAUGCGAGGUCGGACAUGCGGUCCCAGUCGCGUGCGCAUGCAAGGAGCGACAGUGGCGCUACCGGGGUUGCAUCAUCUGGAGACCACGCAUACGACCCGACUGGCCGGCGGCACGACUACGACCUGCAUUCCAUGGAAUCCACGCUGAGCCCCCGCGCUCCCGUGAAGAACCCUAUUCCUCCACCAACCGUUACCGUCCGCAGCGAGUUCCCCACCGUCAGCCGUUCGCGCCAGCAGCAGAGCCUGACCUGCCUCGUCACGGUCGAGGUUCCCGAAGGAAAAUGGAGGGCCGAUCCCGACGACAUUCGCGGUGUCCCGCCCGCCCCCUCCAUGCAAGGCGACGAGCGCACUAGCCGCUCCAAGUCGCCCGCGCCGUCGCGCAUAUUUGAAAACAUCUACAUGAACCCUGAUGUGCUUGAGGAGGCGACCGACGAACUGCACGCACGGGUAGACAACUGGCACGGGCUGGAUUUCUCCAGAUUUGGCAAGCUUCGCUUGUUUGGCCACAUCCGCGUUGGCAAGGACCGGCAAUCAUGGCAGGACCUGGAAUGCUAUCUGUUUUCCGACAUGCUGAUCUGCGUCAAGGAGAAGAAGUCCAGCCACAGUUCCCAGCAAGUAUCGCAAUGGGAUGGCACAGAAACCAUCAUGAGCAAGAGGCCCAAGUGCACUCUGAAGGGCUCAAUACUGAUCAAGAAACACCUGAAGCACGUUGACACUUCCGCCGACGAGUCGAUUCUGACCCUGAGCCUUUCGGUCGCUGAGCUUCCCUCCUUCCACCUUCACUUCCGCGAUCACAGGCAGCUUGACCUGUGGAAGCGUGCUCUCGUGGAUAUCCACAUGGAGUCACCCAUGCGCAUGCAAGAUAUGGAACAAGACAACUCCGGGACAGACGAGGAAGACUACAGAUCCACAAAGAGGGUGUCAUCCGUUCACUCCUACGCCGGCGCACGAUCCACUAUGACGGCUCCUACGGAAUACUCCAGCUCUCGCGUGGGUGCCAGCGAUGGGAAACGGAUUUCGUCCUUCCACGUUCCCAUUGAUCUCGUCGUCGUUAUUCCGGUCUCCUCGUCGAUGCAGGGCCUGAAAAUUUCUCUCUUGAGAGACACUUUGCGAUUCCUUGUUUCCAAUCUUGGGGAGAGAGACAGAAUGGGUCUGGUCACUUUCGGAUCCAGCGGAGGAGGUGUUCCGCUUGUCGGAAUGACCACGAAGGCUUGGUCGGGAUGGCCCAAGGUUCUGGACUCGAUCCGCCCGGUCGGCCAGAAGAGCUUACGCGCGGAUGUCGUCGAGGGCGCAAAUGUUGCUAUGGAUCUACUCAUGCAACGCAGGUCGACGAAUCCGCUAUCGAGCAUUUUGCUCAUCUCGGACUCUUCGACUUCCGACGCCGAGAGCGUGGACUUCGUCGUGUCGCGGGCCGAGGCCGCUAAGGUUACCAUUCAUUCGUUUGGCUUGGGCUUGACCCACAAGCCGGACACGAUGAUCGAGCUUUCGACACGCACGAAGGCUUCGUAUACCUAUGUCAAGGACUGGAUGAUGCUCCGUGAAUGCGUGGCCGGCUCGCUUGGUUCCUUGCAGACUACUUCGCACCAAAACGUGAAGCUCAAGCUGAGGCUGCCCGAGGGUUCUCCGGCAAAAUUUGUGAAGAUCAGCGGAGCUCUGCAGAUCACUAAGCGGGCCACCGGGAGAGACGCCGAAGCGGCUCUUGGAGACCUUCGCUUUGGCGACAAGAGAGACAUCCUCGUUCAACUGGCAAUCACUCCAGACGCCGGCUCACCUGAGCAGCUGCCUCAAGACGCAUGGGAAACCAUCGUUUCCGGGUUGGAGGCUCUCGGAGGGCCCCUGGAUCAGGAUGAUUCACGCAGCAUGAGCGUUGAAGAAGUUCCGUUGCUCCAAGCGGAUCUCACGUAUGGCGACAUUAUCCGCGAAGGCACGCUUGCCCAUCUGCCACGACCCUCCCUUCUGGCCAUUACGAUGCUUCCUACCAAGAACCGGAACUCCAAGAACCGUCCUAUGACGCCGCCUAUUCCGCCGCAUCCCUCGGUCGUGCAACGGCGAAUGGAACUCCUUACUUCGGACAUGUUGACCAGGGCACUUACGCUUGUCUCCCGUGGCCAGCACGAGCGUGCUCAUCACCUCCUUAGUGAGACCAGGAGUAUCCUCAAGGGACUUGCCAAGGGUGGAUUGCCGCCGCUGCCACCGCCACCUGGACCACCGCCAUCUGCUGCACUUCCCAGCAACCCUGGAUCUGAAGGGCUCGGACAGCCGUCUCCUAUCAGCGAGACUCCGCCUCGCCCCCGUACUCCUUCUCCUCAUCCAGAGAGCAUGAUCACGCCAGCCGCUGGCAUCGAUCCCAGCGCUAUGUUCGCACUGGACGCUGAGCUCAAAUCAUCGCUCGAGUGGAUCAACCACCCGGCCGUGUUUGGGCGCGAUUCUCGCAAGGCAGUGCUGCAAUCCAUCGGUACUAUCAGUUCGCAGCGGGGCUACACGUACCGGACACCGGCCGAGUCGCUCUGGGCGGAACGCAUUUCGGGGGUCAAGAGACUUUCGGAGCGUUCCCGCGAGUGGCGCGAGGCUGGCGAUGAAGCUCUCAUGGAGGAGAACUAA